AUGCAAGAUUGGUACCAAACAGGCUUUAAUAAGCUUCUUACGACACAAUCCAACAACAUCAGAAACCCCACAGCACGGAUGCUCAUGGCAGAGUCUGCCCUCAUCUACUUCUAUCAUACGAAGCCUGGCGAUGAGACAUUGGUGCCGCCCGUCCUCGGUCAAGAUGGGUCGCCAGGCAUCAACAUGAAUGCCCGUUAG